AUGACCUUCGUGUGCAACGCCAAUCCACCAUGGAAGAUACUAGGAUAUGACGAUCACGUUCACAGGAAUGGAAGGAGACGUGGCCGGUUCUUCAGGUCCGUAGGGCUGCCCACCAUACCCGUGCAUAAGGCGGAUACGGGUACCGUAUAUAUGAGCCCGUAUCCGUACCGUCGGCGGUUUGGAAAUCGAUUUUACGACCGUAUUUGUACGGUUAUUGUACGGAUAGGCGAAAUUUGCAUGAAGACCCCUUGCAUUGGGUAUGUCACCAUCCUUUUACAACAUGCCCGUAUACGGGAUACGAUAUGGUCCGUCGGAUGUGGAUAUGUUUGGGUAUUAUACCUGAAAGAAUGCCAAAGCGAGAAAAAAAAGGACGAAGAGAAGGUCGGUGAGGACGGCAGUGGAGAACAGUCGUACGCUGGAGAGGGGACAGUACAUGGAAAAGCCUCCGAGACAAACAUGUCGCAAUCGGUGAAGGCAUAUGGUCUGAGGCGUGAGUCAGCGAAAUGCAUGGUCUUUGCGGUCGAGACCUUAGACGAGAUGUACAAGGGCCUCAAAAGCCGAGUCCGGCACGCCAUAGCCCUAUAUGACCCGGAGGAGAUAAUGGUGCCCUUCAAGCGUAAUUGGCACUUAGACCACUGUAAGCAAGGAGGCCUCUUGUCAGGAUAUCUCAAUGUCGAUGAAGAGUUUGGACAUUAUCCAGCUCUGUUCACGGACCCUGAUGAUAUCACAAACUCAACACCAGAAAUGAAUAGUCCAUCAAGAAAGUGUAAAGUGCUCACUGCAUACAUUGAGACAAAACUUGAUAAUAAUACAGAAUUAUUUGAGAGCUUAAAGGUCUCUGCUACUCCCAUGUCUGAGGUAAUUGCAGUGAAGAGAGAAUAUUGA